AUGACACGGCACAUCCUCAUACUCGGCGGGCAUGGCAAGAUUGCGCAGCUGCUCACGCCGCUGCUCCUACAAAAGUCGUGGACAGUGACGAGCAUCAUUCGAACUUCGGAGCAGAUACCUACUAUUGAGGGACUGGUGACUGGCCAUGGGAAGCUCAACGUCCUUGUCCGCAGCCUCGAGGACGUCAGAGAGGUGUCGCAAGCCAAGAGGAUACUGGAUGAAGUCAAGCCGGAUUCAAUCGUGUGGACUGCCGGCGCGGGCGGGAAGGGCCCUGUGGAAAGGACAUUCGCUGUAGACCGAGACGCAGCGACUUGCUUUGUCAGAGCGGCUGUCGACACGCCAAGCAUCUCCAAGCUUGUUUUGAUAUCAUACCUCGCGUGUCGCCGAGCAUCGCCCAGCUGGUGGGAUGCGGAUUCAUGGGAAUACGUCCGGAAAGUACAUGCCAGCUCCCUUGCCGACUACUGCGAAGCAAAGCUACAGGCCGACCAGGUUCUUGUCCAAGAAGCGCCCAAGAGAAGCGACUUUGCCGCCAUCAGCCUGCGGCCGGGGAUGCUCACAGACGCGACGUCGGGGGGUGUUGAGCUGGGGAAAACAAAAAGCGCGCGGGGGAAUGUUAGUCGCGCGUCUGUUGCGGAGACGGUCUCGGCUCUAUUGGAGAAUGAAGCCCUAAGCACAUGCUGGUUGGAUCUGCUUGAUGGAGAGGAGGAUGUUAGUACGGCUGUAGGUCUUGUUGCUCAAAGCAGAGUAGAUGCAGCAGACGGGGAGGAGGCACACCCUUGA